AUGUCACCUGCUGUGUAUGAAUCCAGACAAGAGCCAGAGGAAGAACAGGAACAGCAAGACAAUAGCUCAGAGGGAGAAGUAUUUUCCAUUUCAAUAGAUGAAACAGACAUUGCAAAAGAUCUAAAGGAGAUAAACACACUCAACUGCAAAAACAGGAUAAAAACUAUGGGCUCUAAGCAGUUGGAACUCCAGCAUUCAUGGGGGAGACUCGGUGCUUAUAAAUUCUUACAGAUUUGUGACUUGAUACCUGUCCCAUCUACCAUCCGGAAGCCAAACCUAAGAGCAGAACUUAAUGACCCAUAUGACCUAUCAUUCUAG